CAUCCCUUCGACGGUGCACGCGUUUCCAUUCCGAAGAAAAUUUUCCAAUUUUCGAAUAGCUGCAGUUCUUUGAAUUUUGUCUGAUAGGAAAAGUGUUAAUUUUGUACAGUAAAGAUGGUCGUGAAAACAGUUGCAAAAGGCGCCCGACCUCAGGGACAGGCCUAUAAGGAUAAAAGUAAACCGGCUGAGAUCCGCCAGAGCAACAUCAAUGCUGCUAAAGCUAUUGCUGAUGCGAUUCGUACCAGCUUGGGACCUCGUGGAAUGGAUAAAAUGAUUCAAUCGGGCAACGGAGAAGUAACCAUCACCAACGACGGAGCCACAAUUCUGAAGCAAAUGAACGUACUCCAUCCAGCUGCCAAGAUGCUAGUCGAGCUGUCUCGUGCACAGGAUGUCCAGGCGGGAGAUGGUACCACGUCGGUAGUUGUUGUUGCCGGUGCUCUCUUGGAGGCAGUGGAAAAGUUGCUUGCUAUGGGCAUUCAUCCGACAGCGAUUUCCGAUGCCUUCCAGCGCUGUACUACCAAGGCCGUUGAAAUUUUGACCGAAAUGUCACGGCCAAUUGAGCUGACCGAUCGUGAGUCUUUGAUCAAGAGUGCAUCCACUUCAUUGAACUCGAAGGUCGUUUCGCAGCAUAGUAGCCAACUAGCACCAAUCGCAGUUGAUGCAGUGCUGAAAGUGACCGAGCCGGGACAGGAAAUCGGAGUGGAUCUGAAGAACGUUAAAGUUAUUCGUAGCUUGGGUGGAACCAUCGAAGAUACUGAACUGAUCGAUGGGCUAGUCUUUACUCAACGAUCGAGUGGCGUGAAUGGUCCGAAGCGAGUUGAAAAGGCCAAAAUUGGCUUGAUUCAGUUCUGUAUAUCUGCCCCGAAAACCGAUAUGGAUCACAGUGUUGUAGUCUCGGAUUACGCUGCGAUGGAUCGCGUGCUGAAGGAGGAACGUGCUUACAUUCUAAACAUUGUGAAACAAAUCAAGAAGUCUGGCUGCAACGUUCUGCUAGUACAGAAAUCAAUUCUUCGAGAUGCUAUUUCGGAUUUGGCACUGCAUUUCCUGGACAAGAUUAAGGUGAUGGUUGUGAAGGAUAUUGAACGAGAGGACAUUGAGUUUGUCUGCAAGACCUUAAACUGUCGUCCGAUUGCAUCGCUUGAUCAUUUCCUUCCUGAGCAUUUGGUGAACGCUGAUUUGGUGGAGGAAGUUUCUAGUGGAUCCAGCAAAUUCGUGAAAUUCACCGGUAUUCAGAACAUGGGAAGGACAGUUUCAAUCGUUAUUCGUGGAUCGAAUAAACUCGUACUAGAGGAAGCUGACCGUUCAUUGCACGAUGCUUUGUGUGUUGUACGGUGUUUAGUUAAAAACCGUGCUCUCAUUGCUGGUGGAGGUGCUCCAGAAAUUGAAAUGGCUCUUCAGCUGGCUGCUCAUGCCCAAACACUCGGAGGAGUAGACUCGUAUUGUUUCCGUGCUUUCGCUAAUGCUCUGGAAGUGAUUCCUUCGACACUGGCUGAAAAUGCUGGAUUGAAUCCGAUUGCCACUGUGACGGAACUUCGCAAUCGACAUGCUCAUGGCGAAAAAAAUGCCGGAAUCAAUGUUCGGAAGGGGGCGAUUACCGAUAUCUUGGCGGAGAACGUCGUUCAGCCGUUGUUGGUGUCCACAUCGUUAAUCACCCUGGCAACGGAGACGGUCAGAUCAAUUCUUAAAAUUGAUGAUAUCGUUAAUACUAUGCAGUAAACUUGUAUGUCAUAAAUUCAGUCUUUUCACCCAGCUUCUUUCCGCACAUAAUACUUUACUCUGUACCCAUCGAAAUAACUCAUUUUCAACAUUACACUAUAAAUAAAAUAACUA